AUGGAGUUGUCCAAAAAAGGUGAUGGAUUAAGAAAUUUAAUAUUUCUAAUAUCAACUUAGAGUAUACUCCAUUUAUCUACAAUUUAUUUUAUCAUUGUACAAACGCUAUUGAUAUGAAUUAGAUUAAUAGGAAAUAUUCAAUGCACCAUUAAUUUUAAAUGAUGUACUAAAUCUCCGUAUGGUUUCACAAGGCAAAUGA